CCCCCUUGGUCAGCAGCAGCGCUGCUUCUGGUACGCAGUCGAGGCUGUUCAGCAGCUCGACUGCUUUGGACUCAUCUAUACUUGCCUCCGCAAGCAGGGUAUCUAGCUCUAGCUUGGGCACAACAAGUCCAUCUUCUACGGCGGCGUCCGCAUCCUUCUCGUCCACAUUCGUUUCAUCCACACCUUCCUUCAGCUCUACACCUUCUUUGACUACUCGGGCCCUUUUAGAAUUGGAAUCGAUAUCUGCGUCUGCGACUCGGACUACACUUGCCGACGCCUCCAGCACAAACCGGGCCUCACCGUCUGCAACCUCCGACCCCUUCGGCGUCUCUCCUUCUACCGUUCCUACCUCCAUAACUCUGCAAGGAUUUCAGGAUGGACCAGCAUCCAUCUCGAGCCUGGUGCUUCUAACCACUGCGGAAGUGGUUCAACAUUCGCUUUUCUCGUCAAGCUCUUCACUCCUUCCAGAUAAUGCGGUCGCAUCGCAAGCGGACGGGAGUAGCCAGGCAACACAGGGCGUUGUGACUACAGUGACCGCGCGACCUUCUGCCGACUGGCAGAAUGCGUACAGUGCGUCAUAUCUCUCGAGCGCGGGGAGCGGUGAGAUACCAGGUUCCCCGUCGAGCUCCGAAUCUGUUGAUGUGCCGAGCUCAUCAUCCUGGCCAACACCUGUCAAUGUCGGUCCUGACCCUUCAGACACGGCAACACAAGUGCACACGGCAGUCUGGAUGACCACGCUUGCGAGCAACAGCGGUACUGCGACCUCAGGACAGGUUGUCGGUGUGACGCAAGUCACAACUAGGUCAUACGGUAUUGUGAGCACAGCUACGACUGUCCCGACAGGUAACACAGCGAAUGAUAGAGCGGGAACUGCCAACCCUGGGCACGGAACGAACGCCCUCGUGGUCAUUCUAGUUCCCGUCCUCGUCGUCACCGCGUUGCUCGUCCCUUGCAUCUUCUUCCUCCUACGCAUCCGCCGGCGACGCCAGGGACAUUUCGUGGCCACUUACGAGAACCUCACAGUGCACAACACAUCCGACACCGAGUAUCAGCCUGAGGACAGCCUGCGCCCGCCAUACGCCGACACGCUCCCCAGGCGCGAUAGCGGGAACCCGCUUCCGUACGACAUGCCCUCGAUCCCGAGCGCGAGCAUGUUACAACUCGACAUGGCACAGGUGUCGCGCGCCCGUGCCGACUCGCGGCUCGUGUCGCCCCUCGAGGACCCGUUCGCGGACCACGUCGACGCGCACGCGCCCCUUUAUGCCGAGUACUACGUGCAUGGGCGGAGCGACAGCCGGGGGUCCCAGUCUCAGACGCGCAGCCCGUCGGUGGCGAGCUCCACGCGUACGAUCUCGCGCUGGAACACGCUGACGAGUCCGGUGUCGCGCAGGGGCGCGUACAGUCCCGCGCCCACCGAUUCGCGUGCGGGAUCGCGCAGUGGGCACAGCCUGCUGACGCGUGGACACUCAAAACAUCACACGGACGCCUCUGUUGACCUGGCUACGCCGUUUGAGUGGGAUGGCAUGGAGGAUCCGUUUGCGGACCCUAACAAGCAUGGUGUUGAUUGAUUCUAAUGCGCAGGAUGAUCUGUUACACUACCGUCUAUAGCUGUCGAGUAUUCUUCUUUUUCUGUUAAUCAUAGACUGUAUGGACUUCUUUAGGACUGUACCUGGACUGUACGUUAACAUCUCCCCGCAUCUGAGCCGUAGUACUAUGAGCGCCAAGCGUGAGAAAUAUGAUGCUCGCCGGAGUUUUUCGAUUUCCCUUCUUCCUCCACACCAGUGCA